AUCAAACUACCACGUCUGCAGCGGGGAGAGAGGGGAAGAGGAGAGGGGAUCAAAAUAAGCCGACUGGAGGAUAGAGAAGAGAGGACAGCGAGGAGUUAAGACUGUUUCAUGAAAACAAAGUCGGCUGCAACAUCUGGAGCAAAGCGCAAGCCGAAUUUGGACAUAAAAUACGCACAGCCUGCAGCUCCAGAGCUCCCCCUUAGACUUCCUGCUUCCAGUAACGUUCGACAACUUGGUUAAAAUUCAACAAAACGCGAGAAGAAUGCACAGACUGGACAAAUACCUCUGGUGGUUUAAGCAACUCAAGUAAUAAGCUGCAGAGACUCGCUGCUGCAGAUCUUCAGGAAACUCUUUUUGCGCUUUGCACCAAGUCGAUCUCACUUGCGCCUGGACAUUCGUUUAUGGGAUAAGUCAUCACAGAUGAUGUUUUGACAAAUAGCAGGGGGGAAAUUGCGCGAAUUGUUACGAGGAGAUCUUUCCGUUUUUACUUUUUUUGGGGGGAGAGUCAAGUGAUGGCACUAGAGCUGAAAUCGCUUGUCCUACUGCUGCUGCUGGCGGUGGUGUGGGAGCCGAGCGCACAGGGAGCGACGGAGCGACAAAUCAAUCCAGAGUCAUGGCUGCAGCAGUAUGGUUACCUGCCGCCAGGGGACCUGAGGACCCACUCCCUCCGCUCUCCUCACUCCGUCCCCUCGGCCAUCGCUGCCAUGCAGAGGUUCUAUGGCCUCACUGUCACCGGAACCAUUGACGACAACACCAUCUCGGCCAUGAAGCGACCUCGCUGUGGAGUGCCAGAUAAGUUUGGUGCCGAGCUGAAGACCAACCUGAGGAGGAAGAGAUACGCUAUCCAGGGCCUGAAGUGGAACAAGAAAGACAUCACUUUCUCUAUACAGAACUACACCCCAAAGGUGGGAGAGUACGAGACCCAUGAGGCCAUAAGGAAGGCCUUCAAGGUGUGGGAGAGCGUCACCCCACUCCGUUUCAGGGAAAUCCCCUACAGUUACAUACGUGACAAGGUGGAGGAGUUUGCUGACAUCAUGAUCUUCUUUGCGGAGGGUUUCCAUGGUGACAGCAGCCCGUUCGACGGGGAGGGGGGCUUCCUGGCACACGCCUAUUUUCCCGGUAAUGGCAUCGGUGGAGACACGCACUUUGAUGCUGCUGAGCCAUGGACGAUUGGAAACCAGGAUCUGUUAGGGAAUGAUAUAUUCCUGGUUGCGGUGCAUGAACUGGGCCAUGCUCUGGGUCUGGAGCACUCCAAUGACCCUUCGGCCAUUAUGGCUCCCUUCUACCAGUGGAUGGACACCGAAAACUUUCAACUUCCUGACGAUGACCGCAGAGGCAUACAGCAACUUUAUGGGUCUGGAUCAGGUCCUCAGCCCCCUCAUGUAACACCCCGUACGCCUUACCACACCCCACACCCCACGAAUUCACCAGACAAGCCUCGGUUUGGCCCCAACAUCUGUGACGGACAUUUUGACACCAUAGCAAUUCUUAGAGGAGAAAUGUUUGUGUUCAAGGAUAAGUGGUUCUGGCGGGUGCGUAACAACCAUGUGCUAGAUGGAUACCCAAUGCCAAUUGGUCACUUCUGGAGAGGACUGCCCACUCAUAUUAAUGCUGCUUUUGAAAGGGAAGAUGGGAAAUUUGCUUUCUUUAAAGGGGACAGGUACUGGGUGUUCAGUGAAUCUAUUCUGGAUUCUGGUUACCCUAAGAGUCUGAAGGAAAUGGGUACUGGGCUUCCCAAAGAUCGAAUAGAUGCUGCUCUCUUCUACACACCAACUGGACAGACAUUCUUCUUCAGAGCAAACAAGUAUUACCGUUUCAACGAAGAAUCACAGACCGUUGACGAUGGCUAUCCAAAACUUAUUAAUGUGUGGCAGGGAGUGCCUGACAACAUCAAGGCAGCCUUCAUGAGCAAAGAUCAAGCGUACACCUACUUCUACAAAGCCAACAAGUACUGGAAGUUCAACAACCAGAUGAUGCGUGUGGAGCCAGGGUAUCCCAAAUCGGCUCUUCGCGACUGGAUGGGAUGCCCCAAUGAAGACCCCAAGACGGACGGAGGAAGAGGCGGAGGCGGACAUGACAAAGACAAGGAGAGAGAGAAAGACAAGGAGAGGGAGGACAAGGACAGGGCUAGAGACAGAGAGAGGGACAGAGAGAAGGAGAGGGAGAAGGAGAAGGAGAGGGAGAAGGAGAAAGAGAGGGAGAAGGAGAAGGAAGUGAUCAUUAUUGAGGAAAGUGGCGGAGCCGGAGUAGCGGCGGUGGUGGUGCCGCUGUUCCUGUUAGUGUGCGUAAUCAUGUUGCUGGCAGUCUUGGUGUUUUUCCGUCGGUAUGGUACCCCACGCCGACUCCUCUACUGCCAACGAUCUUUACUGGACAAGGUGUAGACGGAGGAGGAGGGGAGGGAGAGGGCAGUGAAAGACGGGGAGAGAGAGGGAGAAAAAAAAAGGGGGGGAGGAAACAGAGCAGCAGAGAAGGAGGUAAAACAAGAGAAAGAGCAGAAGGAAGAGCGCCAGACUUGCAUUUUAAAAUAUUUUUACCACUGCCAGAUUCCAUUUGCUCUAUCUCUCAACCACUCCAUCCUUCCAUUUUUUUUUUUUUUUUAGUUUUUCUCUCCCUUCUCUCUCUCUGCCUCUCUCCACAUGGUUACUGACGCCAGCUGAAUUGCUGUUUGUUUUAGCCUUUUUCAAUGUCAUAUUUUUAGUUUUUGUCAGUGGUCAGUGUUUGUGUCCUUGUGAAUUUCCGCUUUGAACCUGCCUCUUCACGACGCCCAUCCUAGCAUGUUCCUUCGCGUAAACUGUGUGUCUGAUUCGUUCGUUCUUCCCCCUUGUUAACUUGCACACAAUUACAUAAACACACACUUUUUGGAAACCGCAGUGGCGUAGUCACUGUGUUUCUUAAUCCUCCAGUAAAGCAACGUGAGUCAGAGCCAGUAUGGACCAUAAAAGGGAAACAAAACAUUAGAUUAAGUCCUUAUGAAGCAUGAGAUACGCUCAUAUCAGAGCAAAGCAAUAAAUACAUGUGUGUCUUUUCCCUUUUUUAUAUCAAUGUCUAGUUCUGAUUAUUAUUAUAAAUGAUUUUGUCAUUAUUAUUAUGACUAUUACUAUUAUUAUUGUUGUUGUCCUCCGUGUAAAGAAUGUGUUUUUGUACAUUGUCAUUAAAAAGUCCUGCUGGACAGUGACAUACA